AGUUGGCUGGUUAGGCAGUCUUCUUGCUUUCAAGGACUAUUUCUUCCUAAUUUUCUCUCUUGUUUAAAUAUAUAUAUAUAUAUAUAUAUAUAUCGUAUUUUCUUGGUCUUGGUCUUAUUUUUUUUCCCUGUAACUCCUAAAAAUAACCAUUUCUCUUUAAUAGCUUUUCAUCUCUGGCGUCUUGUUUUCAGUUGAAGUUUUCACAUUUUCUUUCGGUGGCGAUGGAGGAGAGAUACGAGCCAUUGAAGGAGCUUGGAUCGGGGAAUUUUGGAGUCGCAAGGCUUGUGAAAGAUAAGAAAACAAAGGAGCUUGUCGCGGUCAAAUAUAUUGAAAGAGGAAAGAAGAUUGAUGAAAAUGUUCAGAGGGAAAUCAUUAACCACCGAUCUUUAAGACAUCCAAACAUAAUCAGGUUUAAAGAGGUUUUGGUGACUCCAACACAUUUAGCUAUCGUUAUGGAGUAUGCUUCCGGAGGUGAACUCUUCGAGAGAAUAUGCAGCGCUGGUCGAUUUAGCGAAGACGAAGCAAGGUUUUUCUUCCAGCAGUUAAUAUCUGGAGUCAGCUACUGUCAUUCAAUGCAAAUUUGUCACAGGGAUCUGAAACUAGAAAACACACUCCUGGAUGGAAGUCCGACACCACGACUUAAAAUAUGUGACUUCGGAUACUCCAAGUCUGCAGUGCUGCAUUCACAACCAAAAUCAACUGUUGGAACACCCGCGUAUAUUGCCCCUGAAGUCCUAUCACGAAAGGAAUACGACGGAAAGAUUGCAGAUGUUUGGUCCUGUGGUGUGACAUUAUACGUAAUGUUGGUUGGAUCAUACCCUUUUGAAGAUCCUGAUGAUCCUCGGAAUUUCCGUAAGACCAUUGGCAGAAUAAUGAGUGUUCAAUACACCAUACCCGAUUAUGUACGGGUGUCUGCGGAUUGCCAACAUCUUCUUUCCCGUGUCUUCGUUGCCAAUCCUGCCAAGAGGAUUAGCAUCCCGGAGAUUAAGCAGCAUCCUUGGUUUCUGAAAAAUUUACCAAAAGAACUGGUUGAAAUCGAAACAAAAAACUUUGCGGAAUCAGAUCGUGACCAACCGUCUCAAAGCGUAGAAGAAAUAAUGCGUAUCAUACAAGAGGCAAAGAUAACAACAGCAGAAGGGCCCAAAGUUGGCGAACAAGCUGUUGCUGGUACCUCCGAUCCUGAUGAUGCUGAAGGGGAUUUAGAAUCUGAAAUCGAUGUCAGUGGUGACUUUGAUGCCACUGUGUGAGAACAUGAUGUUUAAGUUGUUGAAGAAGAUUUGGUCUGUAGUUUCUUUGGGAUUACAGUUUAGGUAUGCGUUUUUAUAAUACUGGAAAAUGAUGUACGGCAUACUUGCACUGGAUGGGUGUCGCAUUGCCUUCGUGUGUGUGCAAUAUGGUUAAUGGAUGUCCCCUAUUGUAGAUUGCAUACUUUGUGAAACAUCUUUCAGAUCU